AUGUCGUCUACAAAAAGGAGAAAGCUGUCACACACACCUCCGCGCGAGGGCGCAGACGAUGGAUCUUCAGAAUCAGAAUCAUCACAAGUUUCUCCCCAGGAAGUUGAACCAUCCGAUACCCAAUCCACCACCAGAAAAUCGUUCAAAGAUCUAGGGGUCAUUGAUUCCUUAUGCGAGGCAUGCGAGUCACUAGGAUACAAGGCUCCGACCCAGAUUCAGGCCGAGUCCAUCCCUUUAGCGCUACAAGGGCGUGAUGUGAUCGGCUUAGCUGAAACUGGAAGCGGUAAAACGGCUGCGUUUGCCUUACCUAUCUUGCAAGCUCUCAUGGACAAGCCACAGUCUAUGUUCGGUCUCGUAUUAGCUCCAACCCGCGAGCUGGCAUAUCAAAUAUCCGAGCAAGUCGAAGCUCUCGGCUCCCUUAUUUCAGUCCGAUGUGCUGUGAUAGUAGGCGGAAUGGACAUGGUUUCCCAAGCUAUCGCCCUUGGGAAGAAGCCUCACAUUAUUGUUGCCACUCCUGGGCGUUUGCUCGACCACUUGGAGAACACUAAGGGAUUCUCUCUCCGUAAUCUCAAAUACCUUGUCAUGGAUGAAGCCGAUCGUCUUCUGGACCUAGAUUUCGGCCCAAUCCUGGACAAGAUUCUAAAAGUCCUACCCAAAGAGCGCCGUACUUACCUCUUCUCAGCAACAAUGAGCUCAAAGGUCGAAUCACUCCAGCGCGCAUCCCUCUCUAACCCUCUCCGUGUCUCAAUCUCCUCCAACAAAUACCAAACCGUCGCAACACUCCUCCAAAAUUACCUUUUUAUACCCCACAAAUAUAAAGACAUCUACUUUGUAUACCUCCUCAACGAAUUCCCCGGCCAGUCCGUCAUCGUAUUCACCCGCACCGUCAACGAAACGCAACGUCUCGCCAUCCUUCUCCGCGCUCUCGGCUUCGGCGCAAUCCCCUUACACGGCCAACUUUCCCAGUCCGCACGCCUCGGCGCCCUGGGCAAGUUCCGAUCCCGUAGCCGAAACAUUCUAGUCGCCACCGACGUCGCCGCGCGCGGUCUCGACAUUCCCUCCGUCGACCUGGUCCUGAACUACGACCUCCCUUCCGAUAGCAAAACGUACAUCCACCGCGUGGGACGUACCGCUCGUGCUGGCAAAAGCGGACAUGCAUUCAGCCUUGUGACGCAAUUUGACAUUGAGAUAUGGCAGCGCAUUGAAGGCGCGCUGGGUAAAACGUUCGACGAGUACAAGACCGAAAAGGAAGAAGUGAUGGUGCUGAGCGACAGAGUGAGCGAGGCGCAGCGUCAUGCGAUUACGGAAAUGAAGGAAUUACACGAGAAUAGGGGAAAGAAAGGCGCCACUCUGAGGAAUAGGAGGACCGGAAAUGGGGCCAAGAGAGGCCGGGAUGAAAUGGAUCGUGAAGAGGGAUAG